ACAAAACAAGACUAUACAUCUUCAACCUUAUUUGCUCAAGGUAGAAAAAAUCAAUAAAAAACUUUCAAUAAAGUUCAUAUCAAAAAAAAAAAAAAAGCUUCAAAAAGCUUAAAAAGAUAACUAAAUUUUCUCAAAAGGAAAGUGCCCUCCCACCAGCUUCCAAAAAAGUAACAACCCCCCACCCCCACUCCCACCCCCAUCCCCCCAAACAAAUAAAAAAACUAACCCCACCCCCCACUAGUUACAAGUAGGGUAUACACUUGUCUAAAUAUAUUUCAUCUUUUUUAUUUUUAUUUUUUCCCAUUUGAUCUAUAGUUAUACAAAUUUCUCCUCCAUGUUGGAUAAUUCUUCUUCUGAACCUCUUAAUAAUUCUGCUGAAAAUUCUAAUAGAAGGAAAAGAAGACCAGCUGGUACACCAGAUCCAGAUGCAGAAGUGGUUUCACUUUCUCCAAAAACACUUUUGGAAUCAGAUAGAUACAUAUGUGAGAUAUGCAAUCAAGGUUUUCAAAGGGACCAAAACUUACAAAUGCAUAGAAGAAGACACAAAGUGCCAUGGAAGUUAGUGAAGAAUGAAAAUCCACAAGUUAAAAAAAGAGUAUUUGUUUGUCCUGAGUCAAGCUGUUUGCACCAUGAUCCAUGUCAUGCACUUGGUGAUCUUGUUGGAAUAAAGAAGCAUUUUAGGAGGAAACAUAGUAAUAAUAAGCAAUGGAUUUGUGAGAAAUGUGGGAAAGGUUAUGCUGUUCAAUCUGAUUACAAAGCACAUCUCAAGACUUGUGGUACCAGAGGACAUUCUUGUGAUUGUGGUCGCGUUUUUUCCAGGGUGGAAAGUUUUAUUGAGCACCAAGACACUUGCACUGUAAGAAGAUCAGUUAGGCCAGAUUUGCAAACAUUGCAACCAACAACUGCUUGUUCUUCAAGGACUGCUUCAAGUACUAGCCCAUCAAGUGACACAAAUUUGCAAAAAAUAACCACAAUGCCUUUGCAACAUAAUUUAGAACUUGGCCUUUUACCAUCAAUUACAACUACUAGUCAUGAUCAACAUCAUGAAAAUCAUCAUCAAGAACCACAUUUGAAAUUAUCAAUUGGUGGAUCAUCAUCAUCACAGUGUAUUGUACCAAAAAAUGGCCAGGAGGAAAAUGAGGUGGUACUGAAUUUGGCUAUGGCUGAAAGAGCGUACGCAGAGGAAGCAAGAAGACACGCGAAGAGGGAGAUGGAAUACGCGGAGAUGGAAUUCGCGAAUGCAAAGAGGAUUAGACAACAAGCACAAGGUGAAAUUGAAAGAGCAAGAAAAUUGAAAGAAGAAGCUAUUAAGAAAAUAAGUUCAUCAAUUUUGGAAAUUACUUGCCAUGCAUGCAAAAAUAAAUUUCAACAAAAUGCACCAAUUGAGAAUAAUAAUAAUAAUAAUAAUAAUAAUAUUGAGUCAUCACCAGCUAUGAGUUACAUGUCUUCAGCAACAGAUAUUGAAGGUGAACAAUGACCAAAAAAAAAGAUUAUGUAAUGUGUUGGUAUAUUUGUGUUCGUUGUAUUUUGUUAAUGUAGGGUUUUGUAUUUUUUAUUUUAAUUGUUUUAGAAAGAGGAUUAUUAGUAUGUGUUUAUUUUGAAUAAAACUCAUUUUGAAUCAUUCCAACAAUUAUUUCAAUUUUUAUUUUUUUUGGUAUGAAGUUGAUCUGUUGGAACU